UCGGGGGGCGGUGCCGGGGGCGGGGCGGCCGCGCCGCCCGGGGCAGGAGCGGCGGCGGCGCCAUGGGGAACCUCUUCGGGCGGAAGCGGCGGAGCCGCGUCACGGAGCAGGAUAAGGCGGUGCUGCAACUGAAGCAGCAGCGGGACAAGCUGAAGCAGUUCCAGAGGCGGGUGGGCCUCAGCCUGCAGCGGGAGCGCGCCCUGGCCCGGCAGCUGCUGCAGGACGGGAAGCGGGAAAAAGCCUUGCUCUUGCUAAAGAAGAAGCGUUACCAAGAGCAACUUCUAGAUAGAACGGAAAACCAAAUCAGCAACUUGGAGCGGAUGGUCCAGGAUAUUGAAUUCACCCAGAUUGAAAUGAAGGUCAUCGAGGGCCUGAAAAUAGGCAAUGAAUGUCUGAACAAAAUGCACCAGGUUAUGUCAAUAGAAGAAGUAGAAAGAAUAAUAGGUGAAACUCAAGACGCUGUGGAGUACCAGAGGCAAAUAGAUGAGUUACUGGCUGGCAGCCUGACUGAGGAAGAUGAAGAUGCCAUUCUAGAAGAAUUAAACGCUAUUACUCAGGAACAGAUGGAGCUUCCAGAAGUUCCUUCUGAGCCACUCCCAGAAAAGAUCCCAGAAGCGUCACCCGUCAAGAACAAGCCAAAACCAGAACUGGUGGCAGCAUCCUAACUCCCACUUCUGGGGAUUCCCCCACAUAAUUUUCACCCAGGACAGUUUGCCAUCCCAGCGUGUGCUGGGAACAAGCAAUGCCUUGGCAGCAUCCCAGCUGUGCUGGGCGGAUUGUGGAGCAGGAUUCCCUGUUGCAGGGUGGGGAACCUCAGCUGAUUAUUGCUCUUGUAUCAAGAUUAUUUUCUAGUGCUUUCUUUUUUUGUAACUUAAAUUCUAAACUCACUCAGCUGCGCUGUCUCGGGAUUAAACAACAACUCUAAAACUUCGGAAGCCAAAUGCUUGCUUUAGGUUUGAUUUCAGGGGUAGAUCUGCCUUUGCUCUGCCUGAAUCCCCAGGAAGUCGCACCCUCUCGGAGCCAUCGUGUGUUUACAGCGGCUGUCCCGGGCAAGAACGAGCUGCUGCUCUCGGGAGCCCUCGGUGUCUGCGCUCCUCUGUGUCCCUCUGCUUCUCUUCUGGUUCUGUCUGUGGCACGGCUGCUGGUGUCCCUUGUCCCCGUGUAAGUGAGACCGGCUGGCAUAUCCGAGGCGGUGAGGGGGCACGGGCAGGGCGCAGCCAGCCUGGGCUUCCACGGGCAGCGACGCUUCGUGCUGCGGGUUGAGAACGGUUCUGUCAGCCUUGUGUAAAACCAGCUCACGCGUGAGGGCGGUGCGCUUGAGCAAAGUCCAGAGCGCCAGCUUGGCUCUGCGUUCGCUGGCAGCGGCGCUUACUGGGGGAAAAGCCGCUCUCGGUGCGAGGUGAAGAGCUGGCCUCUGCCUGGGUGCGAGUUGCAGGCGGUCACUAACCAUUCCCAUUCGGAUCCUGCUCUGCCUGCCUCUGGUGCUGAGUGAGAGCCAGGGUGACAGAAAUCUGAUGAGCCUCUUAAAAUUACAGCAAGGAAUCUUCUUCUGAGCCAGGAGUCGUCCCUUGUUGGCUCUGCCCCACCAUCAGAGUUCACCUUUGCAACGUUCAGACGGGCUGAGAUCGGUUCUGCUUCCAGCCGUCAGCUCGUGUUUGACAUUUCCUCGUAGGGUCGGGGACAGGAGGGGUCAGGCUGGGGUAAACAUGGGGCUCGUUCUGUACUGGACACAAGGCAUGAAGCUUCUUAAAUCAACACUCCAAAGGAGACCAGUUCCUCCGGAGCCCACACUGGGGAGGACGGUCUGGUGCUCAGCGGGGUCAGCAGGGAUGAUGGAGCGCUUGGAGAGGUGCCUGGCCAGCCAGCUGGUGGGCAGAUUUAGCUGUUCUUGGAAGCAAGCUUACUCGCCAGCUUGCAGAUGCUCUUCAGGACACUGCAGAUCUUUAUUUAUUACGUUCUUGAAACCACAACCCUUAAUCCCUCUUUCUGCGACAGCAGAAGAAGGACCCAGAGGGUCCUUGGAGACUUUUAGUGACUGUCUUUGGGGUUGUGUGAUCUGGUGCUAGACAAUACUAAGUAAUCCCAGAGACCGUGCUGCUCUCCAUGUGGUGAUGGGCCAGCAGCAGCUCUGGUUUUGAGUCGUGCUUUCCGUGUCAUCUCCGUUUGUUACGUUCCAAAGCCUGGCCGGGGCAUCCUCGUCCUCCUGCGCGCGUGUGUCCUCAAGGCAGCGUGCACCUUGGAGCUGCCCUGCUUUCGGUUCCACUCGCUCCCUCUCUUCAUUAGUGUUUCCUGACAAAGCCGGGGUCCCGCAAGCCUUGGACCCGUGUUGACUGACCAGUGCGACUUGAGCAAAGGACUUUCUCUGGAAGGAGCCGAGCGGGUUUGAGCUGCUCCUUGUGCCCUCGCUGAAGGCGACGGUUCCCCUGGCCCGUGUUUGGAACAGCCGAAGCCUUGGCCCAGCCAGAGUGAAGACAGGACGGGGCCGUGUCCUGCUCUGCGCUCCUGGGAUGUGUUUUCUCUAGGCAAAGAGAAAACAUAUUUCCCUAAGACCAUCCUUGCAGUGCGCGCCUGUUCCACCAGAGAGAGCCUUGUCUUCAUCCGCACGGGCUGUAGCAUUUUGUACAACGUUUUUCCUUCAAGGCUCCUUCAGUCCGUUGCUCGCCUGGUGUCGCCGUGUUUCGUUUUGCCCUGUUUAAUUUGUAAUUCAUAGGAGCGAAUGCCGGACUCUCCCAGUAAGGUCUCGGAGGGACCUUUCCUGGGAGCUCAGCGUUUGCCGCGAGCGCUUUGUGUAAGCCCUGUUAAACAGGGUUGGGACACAUCGCCGCGGUCUCUGUGCUCCGCAUCCUGCUCCUGAACGUCCCAGCAGCAAAAGGGACGGGAGCUGACUGUCCCCGGGGGAAGCUGGUCCGGAGCUGCUGCGCUCUCGGGGGGCAGCUGGCCCCGGGAGGGGUUUGUGUGCAGAAGGGGUUAAUGCAGCUCCUCGCCUGUGUUAACGCAGUAAAGAGGCCGUUUACUGAACUAACAGGAAAGUUUGGAGCAGAUUGCCAGCAGCUUCCUCUCGUAAUCCCUGCACCAAACAGAUUAUGCUGUGUCUCCUUGGGAGGAAGAGCCAGGAGUGGUGUGUGACCUCUGUGGUGUGCUGUAACAAUAAACCGUUUCUAAUGGUUUCA